GGCAGUGUCAUGGCGGCCUCCGGAGUCAGUUUUGAGAGUUCGUGCAGCAUCGAUGAAAGAAAAGCCAAUAAACGUCAGGCACGGCAAGAGGCAUUAGAAAAGGCCAAACAUGAGUAUGAGAAGGAAGAGAGAAAGAAGCAGCUGAAGAGGCAGAGGGGGGAAGACACAUGGAUGCUCCCGGAAGUCAAUGACAGACUUCAGCAGAUCCAGGAGGAAGGUUCCGAUAAGAGCAAGAAAAAGAAAGAUAAGAAAUCAAAAAAGAAAAAGAAGAAGGCCAAGAAGGAGAAGAAGACGUCUGAAACAGGAGAUGGCUCCAAUGACAGCUCCGAGGGCUCAGACGAGGAGUGGGUGGAAGCUCAGCCUCAGGCACAAACUACCACCAAAGCCUGGAAAAUUCCUGAUUCCUCCGAGCCUCCAGAGACUGAACUCAGUCCAGCCCAGAGUGCCCAGAGAGACGAAUGGAUGACUUUUGAUUUCUUGGCAAUGAAAACUACUUCCACCUCGGAGAGAAGAGCAGAGAAAGAACGACAGAAAGAGGAAGAGAGAGCGAAGGCUCAGGCCAUUGAACAGGCUGGUUUGCACAAACUGGAGCUGAACCCAUAUUGGAAAGAUGGAGGAACAGGGCUGCCCCCGGAGGAGAUGGCGGGUACUGCGGUCAAAAAAGGGUCGAUAGUAAAUGACGGCGGUCUGAGCUGGCUGAAGAAGAGCUACCAGAGGAUGAAGGAGCAGGCCGAGCGGGAGCAGCGCAGUCUGAACGACGUGGUGUCUGAGAGAUACGGAUCGAUGGAAGAAUUCCAGCAGAGGCUUGCCGAAGCUGAGAAAGCGGUGUAUGGCGAGAGGAGAGGGGGAGACGGCACAGCGAGAGGCGGCUGGAGGAGGGGAGAAGAGACCAGGUGGAGGAGAAAAGAGGAAGACACGGAAGACAGAGACCGAUGGAGAAGAAACGAACGAGAGAGAGACUCACCGUCCCGAGAUAGAGAGAGACGCCACGCUGGGAGAGAAGAGGAGAGAGAGAAGCAUCGAGGAAAAGAAGAGGAGAGGGUUCAGGAUGGCGAGCGGUAUCGAGAGAGAGACAGGGACAGAGAAAGACACAGGGACAGAGAGAGGGAUGGAAGAGAGGGACAGCGGGAGAGAGAGAGAGACGGGGACAGACAGAAAGAAAGGAGUAGACAUAGGGAUGAAGACAGGAGCCGCAACAGAGAAAAGGAUGAAUCCAGUGCAGCAGCGUCAUCCGAACUAAGUUGGAGUAAACGAUCCCUUUCACUUGGGUCACUCCAAGGUCGCUUCCUCAAACCCACGGAAGACGAGGACAGCCAUGAAGCACCGAGUCGCGUCCGUCCUCCGACGCGUCCGUCUGCAGGCUUCCUGAAGCCCAGCUCCGACGACGAGGACUGCGGUCCUCAGGGCAGCAGCGUUCCAGCCUGGAAGAAGAGCAGCGCUCCAGAUUCCGACAGCUUCACAAAACCACCACAGGAAAACCAGAGGCGCGCUGAGCAAACGGCUCCCCGACCGGCCCAGCCGUCAAGGAGUCAGAGUGAGGAUGAUGACGAGCAGGAGGAAGAGGCGCCAUUGAUGUCAGAGGAGGAGAUGAACAAACUGGGAUCCAAGCUGAUAAAAGCGGAGAUUAUGGGCAACACGGCCAUGGUUGAAAAGCUGAAAUCUCAACUGGAGGCAGCUCAAAAAGCAAAGGAGAGCCACGCUGCCAAGAAGAAGCUGCAAGAAGCAUCCAGAACCAGCCAGGUCGCAGGUCGUUCCAGCGACGAGCAGGAAGUCCUGCUCUUCAGAACCGAUCAGUCCGGCCGGGCCUGGCCUGUGAACGCUCCCUCUGGACCUCAGGAACCCCAUGGAGGACGGCGAAAGAAGAAACCGAUUGAAACCCACGUCGAUGGCGAGCGCGUGCGCUACUUCCAGGACGACGACGGCAUUGGCCUGCAGGAGAUGGUGAGGAGGGAGAAGAUGAGCUCGGCACAGGAUCAGAACGCCCUUUACUCCCGCAUGGCCGCCAAGAUGAUGGGGAAGACGGAUGGAGAGAACUACACGCUGGAUGACAUGUUUGUGUCGAGCGCGGCGCAGCGGGAGGGAGAAGGCCGGGAGGAGGAGCGCAUGAGGAGCAGAGCCAUCGGGGAGAGUAGGAGGCUGGCGGCCUCCAUGGAGAAAUGCCAGCACUGCUUCAGCAGCAGCGAGCUCCAGAAACAUCUCAUCGUCGCCAUCGGGAGCAAGGUGUAUCUGAGCCUGCCUGCAGGCGUGUCUAUGACCGAGGGACACUGUCUCAUCUGUCCUCUGCAGCAUCACUGCUCCGCCACGGGCCUGGACGAGGACGUCUGGUCGGAGAUGCAGCUGUUCCGGCGCACCUUGGUGCGCAUGUUUGAGUCCCAGGAGCUGGACUGUGUGUUCAUGGAAACGCACAUGAACCCACGCAGACGCCAUCACAUGGUCCUGGAGUGUAUCCCGCUUCCUAAAGAACUCGGCGACAUGGCCCCCAUUUACUUCAAGAAAGCCAUCAUGGAGUGUGAUGAGGAAUGGGCCAUGAACAAGAAGGUCGUCGACCUCUCCUCAAAAGACAUUCGCAAAGCGGUUCCUCGAGGUCUGCCAUACUUUGCUGUGGACUUUGGACUUCAGGGCGGUUACGCUCAUGUCAUUGAAAACGAGCAGAAGUUCCCCCGGUACUUCGGCAAGGAAGUGGUUGGAGGCAUGAUGGACUUGGAGCCUCGAAGGUGGAGAAAGACGAUCAGAGAAAACUUUGAUGAUCAGAGGAAAAAAGUCCUGCAGUUUUCGCUGUGGUGGAAACCGUACGACUGUACCAAGACCGAGGCCUAGCUGACCUUUAACCUCCAUGCUCACAUAGAUUCCCCUCUCAGAUUUGGAUAUUUGGUGUAAAAUACUUACUAGAAUUUGUCUUGUGAAGUUAUUUUUACUUGAAUAAACU